AUGCCAUUAGAAAUAGCAGGCCUGUUGAUCAAUCCUGCCGACAUGACAGCUUCGCGCCGCGAGGCCUGGCUCUUUGAGUGCCGGUGCUGCGGCAUCACCCUCUCCCGUUUCUCCCCACUAAUUGGUGAAAGUUCUCUUAUAUAUGCUCGUGGCACAGAGCUCUUCCCCCCCCCCUCUUCCUCCUGCUCUUCUUCUUCUUUGGUUUUUUCUCCCUUGCCUCCCCUUCCUCUAUCCAUCCCCAUACAUAUCUAUUUUUUUUUUUUUUACUUUAACAUUGUCACAAUGGAAAUGAUAACUUUUAGUUAGAUAGUGCAAUUGGGUUAAGAAAAGGAUGUGUGUGCCGCAGGCGUUGCUCGUUCUGCAUUUACUACGGGUCUAGUGCAGCUCGCUUUUGACAUUGACUCUUGUCACAUCAUCAAUGCAAGAUAGGAAGCGUUAGAAGAAGAAAAAAAUCUCUCAUUGCCAGGUGAUCUUACUUGCAUGGAGAAUGCGAUCAUGAACGUUCAAGCAAUAUUUUAUAUUGUCAAUUCACUUGAUAUUAUUUGAAAUAGAAAAUCUAAUUUAAAUGUUCUUCGUCAUUCAAUGUCAUAAUGUCAUCAAAUUCGAAACCAAUUUAAUUGUUGCCUCUCACAACAGCUGUAUAGUAGCGUAAGUCUUUUUACUUAUUCAAUUCAUUGUAUAAUCCCUCUCUUUUUAUCAAACAGAAUGAAGUUGAACAGUAAAAAAUGUCAAAACAAUUGGCAGGAAAUCUCUCUGUGUUGCCUGCUGGCUGUCACGGUAGUGCGGCGGCAGUGUUUUAAUCCACCGGCAUCUCUCCCAUCAGUCUUUAACGCCACCCACUCUGAGUCUCCUCUGAAGUAAAUAAAUGAGUGCGAGAGGGGGGAGAUAAACACACAUUAAAUGUUUAACUGUCUCACAUUUGUCAUCUGUUUACCCCUCUUAAUUAAACAGACACAGCUUAGCCCUGGCACUCCAAGUGCAGCCACACACACACACACAUGUAGACACAAACAUCUCUUUAGCACUGGAGCCUGAGCGCAAACACUGUGUUGCCGAUUAUUAAUUGAGUCAUUCAUAUUGAUUUAAUCUGCCUUUUUAGGUUAGUAGAGGAAUGGAGGCAGAACCUGAGAUAUUAUACCUCUUGUGUUUACAGUGGGGCUUGUUGAAAUCUAUUUCCCAUCUCUUCUAGUUGUGGAAUAGAGAAAGCAUCUAGCUAGGGCUUCUACUGAGUGGGUUAGACUCUGCUUUUUGUGUGUUAUGUACAUUGAUGUAGGCUCUGUAGAGGGUUUGCCCGGAAAAGAUGGAGUUCCACGGGCUUGUCUGGAUUUGUUUAUUUCUCAGUAUGUAAUUGUGAUUUAGUGUGAACUGAAAACAUCAACUACUACCUCCACCCAGUGGCACAAAAGGAGAAAAAAAAAUCCCAGGUAUGAUUGGCAGUGUGCAGUAUCUAAUGUGGGUGUGAAGACUUGCCUUGGGCAGAGGGAGAAGGAGGGGGGAUUUUACCACACAAUAGCAUUGCUAUAUCUAGCAUUCUGCAUUGUUCCUCUUAUCCAUACACUACUUCAUACUGUAAACUCGGUCAGGAGACUCCCCUCAUUAUCAGCAGUGAAUUGUAAUGGUGACAUCUUUAGAAGCGGCAGCGGAGCCGACGUGAAUGUGACUUGUUUAUGGAUCGUAGCAUGCAAUCAAACAGUGUGUGUGUGUGUGUGUGUGUGUGUGUAUUUUCAUGCAAGUGUUUGUGUGAAUCAGCAGGGAGAUCUGCACCACUGUAAAAUCUACCGUAUUCUCCAUGUUAAUCAUUCCCUUGAAAAUGUACAAUUAACAGUGUAUGGUUGUACGGUAGUGGUGUGCCAGUUCUCCAGGCUGCCGGAGAGAGAUGGAGAGAAAGAGAGAGCCGGUAUUGAAGCCCGGGCCUCGGGUGAGUGGGAGAGGAGAGGAGAGUAGAGGAGAGAGGAGACGAAUUGGGGGGCUCCUCAGAAGCCCCCUCUCUAGAUCCGAGGCGGGAUCAAAGCAGCUUGUUUUAUGUGGCUGGCACGAGACUUUGAAGUCCCCGAGUCACCUACAGCACUCACUUCAUCAAGUUCACUAGUGUCUUAAUAGCAGAUCAAUAAGUUUCAAAGUCGGAGAGUUAAUUUGAUACUAGUGCUGAUGUGAUCAUGCUGGGCCACAGAGCUGCCUGCUCUCCUCUCCUUCUCUUCACCUAGAUUGGACCUGUUUUAGACUCUCAACAUGCAUUAAGAUGUGGAGGGGUUCUCUGAUCACUGUUUACUCUUAAAGACCGGCUCCGGUGAACACCUAAUUAAUUUGGUUGUGUGUCGGUGUCAGUGCAAUUACAUCAUUCAUUAUCCAAUAAGAAUUAUAUUUGUAUAGUGUCUAAUUUUGUUAUAAAUUUUUUAUUAUUAUUAUUAUUCAUAGACAUAAACAUGUAUAUUGAUGUAAAAUUACAAAAUACUGUAGAUCUAUCAGGAACACACAAUUAUGUUGUAAAAUUCAGCAUAUAUUCAUCUAUUACUGCUAUGUUUGGAAAAUACUCUAACAUUUUAGAACGAAAUGUUCUCCCAUGUUGAAGUAGAACUCUAAAUAUAGCAGUAGAUAAUAAAAUUAUUGACUAUGUUCUAAAUUUUUUAAAGCAAUAUCAAAAUAUGAUAUUUCCCACUAACCAUAAGUGAGGUAAAAUAAUAUACAUCUCUUAUGAAAAUUACAGCUAUAUACGAUACUUAUCUAAAAAUAAAAACACUCGAUAAAAAUCACGGCGAUGCCGACGGCUUUUGGAGGCGCAGUAAAAUGUAGAUAUGGAGCGGUCGGUCCUAAGCUGCUUUCUUCAUUUCGAUAAAAGACACUACCAUCUGUAUUUUGGGGCGGUAGUGCCGGUGGGCUGUUGGGGUCGGAUCGGCACCUUGAGAACAAAAGCCCAAUUUAGAAUGUUCAUCUAAGGGUUGCUAAUGGUAUUAGGGGUCCGGCGGGGUGGUCGGCAGGGGCCCGACACUCCAAGAUGCGCCCACAGCUUGACCCCCGACCUUCACCAAUUCACCGGCCGGUGGCAUUAGUGCCCCACAUCUGUCAUUUUUCGUACACCCCCCUCAGCACCUUUUUACUAUAUUUCAUAGUGGUAUUUUCCAGAGAAAAGAUAGAAAGUCUUAAUAUGCCCAUAAAAAAGGUUCAUACUUUGGUCGCCCACCUGACCGAUAACUGGAAAGUGAAAGCAGCGAAAGCACCUCAAAGAUGGUAAAAAUAACUGUUAUCGAACGAGUUCUUACGCCUCAUGGAUGAGAAGACAAAACGUUUUUUGGGGGCAAAAUCAUUUUUUCUUAAGCAUUUACAAUAGAUGUUGGAUUAACAGUAGGACUGAACUAAAUGGCAUUGUUACCCGGCUAACUUCUCAGCGAGGCAGGUGCAGGUAAGAAUGCUGGUGAUUAAGACGCUGUUUUUUGAAAACACGUUUUUAUUACGACUUGGUAUUAUUCUGCCCAGUCUCGAUCAGAAAAUAUGUGAUUUUUCAGACAUGUUGUUUGAUGUACAUCCCGGGUUGUACUUAAUGCAUUUCAGACUGUUGGGAAAAGGUUCUCUGGUUUGAACUGUAAUGGUGUAAGCGGGUGGUUCUGAUGGUUAAGGGAAAGGGUAUCCCGGUUAGAGUUGAAAUGUUGGUAGCGGGUAGUGCUGGAAGGCUACCUGUGUGGUCCUUGGUGGUCGGCACUGUGUCAGGCUCCGCGUAGAGCGCUGGCAGUCCAGGUUUUUUAUUAAUGUUUCAUGGCAAAAUUGUGCAGGAAUUAUUUACUAUUUCGUGUCUGUAGCUUAUUCCUCUUCAUUCCAACUCAUGUUAGAAAUCACCCAGGAAAAAGUAUUCCAUGAGGAUGGGAGCAAUGUUCCUUAGAAUUCAGAUUCUAUCAAAAGAAGAAAAAAAUCAUAAUUUUGGACUGCUGUCACAGUAAAUAUUUGUAAUUUGUGGUUUCAGUCCUUUCAGUAAAAACUGUAAAAAUCCUGAGUCAGAAUAUUUAUAUCUUUCUCUUUUUUUCUAACGUUCCUCCAGCUCACGCACAAUGAAAUCGUGCUUCAUUAAAAGUGUAUUCAUCUUGUCUCUUGUCUCCAGGGAGGCACCUUAAGAUGAUGUUGUGUCUUUUUCUUUAAAUUGUCUGAGAAAAAAAAAUCUCCCAGAUUUGGUCCCUGUCAGUCAGAAAUAAUUGUGUGCUUAAUCUUGUCCCUGAUGGAUGACUUGGAGUUCAGCAAUGGGCCAGGUCCAAUGACAAAUACAAUAUUAAUAUUCAUUAACUGCUUUGACAAUGCUAAUUUUGAAGCAGUAGUAAAGGGCCUUCCAAAGUUAGCGGCCAAAGCAUCAGAGCUGCGCAAGGUGGCAAGAUAAUUUGUGCUGCUUUACUGAGCUGAAGGCUUUUAAAGUCUUAAGGAGGGGAAAAAAAAGCUGGGUACCACAAACAAAAUACAAGAGAAAAGGAAAAAGUUCAGACGCGUUGGAAACCAGGACUGCGGAAGUAAUACGAUCAAGAGACGGCAAAAAAAAUUUGACACCUCCGAUACCGCAUCUUUGAGCGAAUAUAAUUUUUUUUUUUACAGAAAUUCGCAACCAAAAAAAGAGCAUAACAUGGUAAGUCAGCACAUUCUCGAUUUUGUUUAAUCUUUUUGAUCUUUUCAAUUAUCGCCAUUUGAAGAUCAAUAGUCCUUUUUUUCUGCUAUGGUUGAAAGGCUCACAGCGGUGGUAUGGUGGAUGGUCUGAACACAGCUUUAAGAGUGGGCUUCCUCUCUUCAAGCCACCAGUUGGCCGGGCUUUAUUUCCCUUUGCCAGUUCGUUAGGAACCAUAACGGCUUGUUUCGAUGUAUUAGUAUUUUUGUUAUUGUUCACUGCUGUUGUUAGCUUGUCUUCUGGCUUUGUUUGACUUUGGAGUUGGAGCUCCUUUUUCUUCUCGGUUGUCUUUGGAGAUUACAGGGCGACAGUAGAGGUUGCAAAGCUGUAACAGUGCGACAGGUCUUUUGUUAAUAAAUGUCUGGUUGGUCUUUUUGGUGUCGUUGUAUUUUCCGGGGUCCCUUCAUCAAAAUCUGGGGCUACCGGCAGGCAGGACCAGGGGGCAACGGGGCCACAACACCACACACUCGCUGCGCCAUUGGAUUACAUUCUUUGGCUUUUUUUGUUGUUGUUGUCCUGUGUUUUUUUAUUUUGUGUUUUAUUUCGUCCGACUCCUAUUGAAUGGAGCGUGGCUAGCGUUGGGGAUUAAUGACAUGACGAGGGACACCCCACUGCUUGAGUUUAGCCAAGUUAGGGCAACUCCUAUAGAAAAGUCGAGGAUCUUUAUGUCUGCCAAGCCGCCGAAGGAAAGUUUCUCUCCCUAUCCCUCACUUCUUUCUCUUACUUCUUUCUCUCACUUCUUUCUGUUGUUCUUUCAACGUAUCAAAGAAAGAGAGAUGGACACGAAAUAACUUAUUAGGGGGGAUAUGAAGAUGGGCGAGGGGGAGAGAGGGACUCCUGGUCAGAUGCGGAGGAGAGCAAAGCUGCCUGAGUGUGUGUGUGUGUGUGUGUGUGUGUGUGAAUGAGGGGGCUGAGUGUGAGCAGCCCGGUUUGGGCGCUCGCUCUCUCCUCUGUCGGACCUGGAUCUGCUUACCAUUGCUGGCUGGCGCGCCACCGUUCAUUUUCCCUCUUCUUUGGGCUCGUGUGUUAUUGACUCAGUCGAUCGGGCGUUUGGUUUGCGAGGGGCUGUCGUAGAUGAGGUGCUGCCCCCCAGUGGAUUAGUGGAUGACAUGGUGAUGGGCGUCUUGUUGUAGUCUGUGCGCUACCAUGAGCGCCAGCAUGCUUGUUUUAACCAGGAACCGAGCAGCAUCCCAAAUACAGCUCUUUUAAAUGGUAAGACUUCAACAUUAUUUAUUACCUCCUGUGCUUUUUUGUUCAACUAAUGUGAGUGGACUUUAAAUCUGGCUUUAAAUAUUAUUAUUUUAUUGGAGUUUAUUGACAUUAUUGUAUGUCUUCCAUUUGGCAAUUUAUAAUAGUUUAGUUGCUAAGUGACAUGUUGAAAGGAAGUGUUUGAUUGCUUUGUCUGACAGUCUGACAGGGUUUUAUCUAAGGCAACACUAAUCUUAAAUUAUAAUGUAUUAUUUUGUCAAAAUAAUCAUAUUGAUAUUAAAUCAUUACAAUUAUGAUUAAGGUAAUGAAAUCAGUCAAGUGCUUUGUACUACUGUUAAUUACUAAAUAUCAUGUAUUUUUUCUCCAGUUUCUUCUAAUGGAUUUUUAUAUUUAUUUAUUUUAAAUAGCAAUUUUGAUAGUUAUUGUUCUUUAAAUAAUUUUGAAACGUAUUUAAAAAAAUGAAUUUUAGAUCAUGAAACUCAAUUUGUAUUAUAAGUACAUUUUCUAUUAAAUCAAUUAUCAUGGUAUGUAGAUUAGGAGCAUCUCUUUGAGUUUAUGCCAAUCAUUUUCAUUUAGUGUCCUGUCUUGUAUUCCUCAAAGUUAAGUCCAAAUGAGUGGGAUUUGUAACGGUCGCCAUCCAUUGUUGUCCAUUCCGGUAUCCUCUCUUUCUACAGACUUUCCUCUCUGUCAUUUCUUUUCUUGCACACUUUUUAGUCUAGAGCGAAUGCCGGAGACAGUGGAGUGGGAUAGAGGGUCUUUUAUUUCUCUCUUUUUUCAGAGGAGUAGUCUCUCCUGUUGGUCGCACUGUUGCCAUUGUGGCCCGGCGGAUUGGGAGCUGUCCAUCAUUUGCGUGCGAACUGACAGUUUACUUAAGAAAGUGCACAUGGGACAAAGGAGGUCACGGGAGUGUGGCGGCCGAGUUGAAUGGAGGGAGGGAAGGCAAUUAGCCGCCACGUUGUGAGGGGUUCAUUUACUUGUCAAGCCCGGAGCCUCGUUGCUUUUGUGGGAGCCGUGUAAAGGACAUUCCCAGGGCUUUGUUUUGGCAUUAAGGGCCUCAGGACUGCCUGGCGAAGGCCAGAGGAGAGCAGGGCAAAAAAAAAAGAGAAACAAAGUGAAAAAACUUCUUGAAAUAAAAUAGUUGGAUAAAAGCCAUGCGGUAGGAUUUUGUUGUUUCCGUUGUUGUCAUUUUUAUACGUCUUAUUGUUACUCAGAUAUUGAAAUAUACUGGACCGCCUUUUCAGUUGGCCCUAUAUUUUAAAUAUUUUUUUAGAUUCAUUAUCACCAGGUAAAUUUAAGUGACAAUGUGUUUGGAGUAUACCGUAGGUCAAUUCCACCGACUUUUUUUUGUCACUAAGUAAUAUUACAAUGAUAACCGUAUAAUUAUAGAUUUAUUAGGAACCAACAUUUUAUAUUUAAAAUAAAAUAUCUAAUUAACCCUUGGUGAAGCAGGUUGUAGUGCAAUUAGUUAAUUCAUCCUGCUUGUUAAUUGGUUUCUACGUCUCCUGGGUAUGCUUUCCCUGGUCAAAGGCCCUGGAAGUGCUAAGAGUCUGCAAAGAGUUGGGGACAGGAGCAUGGUUGUGGGGCCCGAAUAUUCAGAGGAAAUUAUCUCAAGAUAAUAACGUUUAAGAGAAGGAGGACAGUAGGGGGUGUGGAGGCUUUAGGCCUUGCAUUAGGCCUUGCUUAGUCGAUCUUCUCACACAGAGAGCUCAGGAAGAGUUUGACGGUGGAAUCGUCCAUCCUCCCAUCUUCAGUAUUGUAGGACAGGAAAAAACUGAAAGAAAACCCCACGUAGAUGUCACGUCCAUGUCAAAGGGAAGACAAAUACCUUUCUUUCUCGUAUUCUCCUUCCCCCCUGGAAAGUGGGGUUGGACAGGGGACUGUCAGUAUCACACGGAUAAGUGACUGUUGGCCACAGUUUGCUGAGCCUGCCCUCCCUUUGUGGAUGUUGUUUCUUUCUCUUUUUUUCUCCCCCUCGCUCCUCUUUGUCUCUUUCCUCUUGCCUUGCUCACUUCACCUUGUUGUAGCCAAAGCUUUUCAAGCUGCCAGUUCGACUCUGGGCAUCCUGGAGGGACGGCAGAGCCCACACCCACAUACACACCCAUAUAUACACACACACACGUAUACACACAUACAAGCGUGCAAUCUGGGAGUUGAGUAAUAACAAAACAUUUUUGGGGUGUAUAUUUUUUCUUGUUUGUUGCUUGUGGGAACACUUCUCUGCACUGCCGGGAAGUAGCGCUUGAUCUUUUUUUCUUGCCUCGGUUUGUGUUCUCGCAUUCAUUUCUUGUGACCGGCACAAACUUUCCUGAGAGAGGAGGCUGCAAAGGGCUGCUGAGAGUGGUGGAGGAAGCUGAGGAAUCCUCAGGCUGUUUUAGGGGAGGUACGGGGGGGGGGGGGCAGGCCACUAGGCCCCAGACUCUGAGCCCCAUCCGUGGAUCUUUAGAGACAUACGCCUGUGGUGCCUCCAGUCACAAAACCCGGGGAAAACAGUAGGCCAGUCGUGUGGCGAUGAGGAUGCCAGUUUGAGGGACACGCACAUGCCCAGCCGCACACACUCCAGUACUUUGGGGGAAGAAGAACUGAGGGCUAAGAAAAGACAAAGAAGAAGAAGUAGAGGAGGAAGAAGAAAGGGAGGCCGUAGUGAGGAAGGAGAAGUGGGAGGCAGGUGAAAGGAGAGCAGGGGGUCAUGUACCUGAGGGAUGGUGUUUUAGCGGGGCCGGAGGAGAGGGGAGCCAGAGGAGGAGUCCUCGCCCCAGGGCUCUCCCUCCUCCAGCAGAUCGGCUGCUGGCAUCUCAACCUCAGUGGCUGGGUGAGUAAAGCACACUCCCCUGCCUCUUCUCUCCGUCUCUCUUCAUCUCUCUUUCUCUCAAUUCCUGUGCUCCAUCACUUUUUGAUUGUGUUACCAGAUGAUGGUUGUUGUGAUUAAGGGGGGCCCAGGGGGUAUUCCCCCACUGUGUGUGCAGGCUGGUGGUCAUCUGCUUUAAAGUGGCUGUAAAGAGCGCUUUUUCCUUUCAAAUAUAACUCUAUGCCUUUUUUUUUUGGGGGGGGGGGGGGGGGGGGGGGGGGGGCUGUGUAUGUUUAUGUGCGGGGAGGGGAGGUGUGUUCUUGAUCUUGGUGUGUGUAUGGGAGGAGUGUGUGGGGAUAUGUUAAUGAGCAGUGUACAUUUACAGAAACAGUCCAAAAACAGGAAGUAGCAGCAUUGGAAAUAAUUGUGCUUUUUGCCAUUUUGUUUUAAAUUGAUAUUUAAAUCUAUAAACAGUUAUUUACUAACAAAUUUACAUUUAAAUAGUUAUUUCAAUAUUGCGUUGUUAUUCCUCAAAAUAUAAUAUCUUGUUAUCCAGCUGAAUAGUAUUUCCUAGACAAAUAAUUACUUGAUUAUGCUCAUGUCUAACCAUUAAAUAUUAAAUAUAAUUGAAAUAACCCACAAAUUAACAUAUUCCUCUGUUGAUUUUGCAGUCUAAUUCAAAAUUAUAAUUACUUCUUUCAACUGAAAAUGAGAGGCGCUGAUUGCAUUUCAAAAGAUGACAGAACUACUGUAGUAUCACUGCUUAAAGACGCCUCCUCAACUCAGGUAGGAAAGCUCAAGAGAUGUUUACAUUUUAACAGGAAAGCAUAAACACACAUAGCAUUCAUGUUGCUCUUGUAUAAACCUCCAUAUUGAAGACAUUAAAAUCAAUUUUUGACAAUUAUUGAUCAAAAUCACAUUGACAAAGUUAUAUGUAAGAUAUAUUGCAGAAUGUAAAUUUGACAAAUGAAAGACUUCGGUAUGAAAGAAUGAAUGAAGAGAGAUGGAGAAUGAGAGCAAAGGCUUUGGCCCAGGUAACAUUUUUGUUCGGUCCUGUGAUCAGCAGCAAGUAUGUCACUGCAGCAAAGUGAAUAGAUUAAGUUUUAAAUAUACUGACUCGGUCUCUGGAGCAAGAUACCCUUGGCUGGACUGCUUUCCCCCUUUCUGGAAUAGCAAUACUGAUCGCCUGGCGCCUUCCUAAAUUGUUUCAUUUUUUUCCAACCCAGCUCUGAGAUCCUUUAAUGUUACUAACAGAUAUAUAGUAUUUUAGUGCAAACACAACAGUGAAGGUUGGUUUCACGUGUAAACAAAAGUAUGUGUUUAAUGCUGCAGAAAUUGUCCAGUUUUAAUUAAAAUAUGGUGAUCUAAUUUAAUGUUCAUAGAGGAUUAAACUUUAAGAUAUUGUCUUGGUAAAGUAACCAACACAAAAUGAUAUGUAAUGUGUUUCUCUGCUCGUUUGACCCCAAGGUGUUGCAUUAAUAAAAAUGUAGCAUUGCGCCGAUUUCAUGUGUAGCCUACGAUCCAUCUUUGUGAAUGUUCAGUUUGAUCUCCAUCACUGCUAACAGUGAGAGGGAAAAUGUAGUUACUGGAAACAGAGAUGUGAUAUGGGCAUCACUUGGAGAUGAGAAUGUUUUGCAUGGAAGGGGCACUCUGAACUUCUCAGAGGAAAACUUGAAUGUUUUAUGAAAAUAGAUCCUAUCCUGCCAAUAUGAGGUAUUGUGGACAAUCAUUUGAUGUUGCCAUGGUAAUGACAUCAGUUUGUGUUUUGAUUUUUACACUUAUCAAAGUCCACAGACACAGACACACACUCCAAUCAUUCCCUCCCUCUCUUUUUCUCCCUACCUCCCACUCCCCUUGCACAGUCUGUGUUUUCUGCAAACUGGCACGUUUUGGGAGCGGUUCAGGGCCUUGGCAGCCGCUUCUGUUUGCUCUGGAAUUUGUGGGCCUGUGAGGACCCCUAUCCAUCACUAUGCUGUCAGGCCCCCCCCCAACUCCUCCCCCGCUCCCCACUGGCUCAUCCCCACUACAGCUCAUUACAGCCCGCAAGCCGUUGUGACAACUUAUCAUAUCAUGACAUAAAGCACAGAGAUACGCGCUAGGCCCCCCAGAGGCCACAAGGUCGCCACCUUCACAUUUAGUCUUCAAAUUGCCCUGCAAGGUGCCACCAAGCGGAUAUGCAAGGCCAACAGCUUUUCCCUGUCCUGGUUUUCUCUCCAGGGCCCCUUUCUCGCUGUCCUCCUCCUGUCCCUUUCCUUCUGUUUCUCACAGGGCAUUCUCUUGUAACUGUCAUUCCCACAUAUCUGUGGUGAAGCUGCUCAAAGAGUGGUUUGUAAGAGUAAAUAAAUUAAUAUUUGAUUAGUCUAGUUUCCUCUUAUUUAUUUGAACAAGUUUGUGACUAGACUAAUUGACGAGCAAUACAUCAUUAAAACAUAGUUAUUGACUCUGAUAUUUUCAGAUCCAAAACCAUGGUCAGUUGAACCAUAGAGCGCAAGGCAGUAUUAGAGAAAGAGGGUACCUAACCAACCCUACAUCAGCCCCAGUGCGUGAGUGGCUGAUGGGAAAGCCUAGGGGUCAGGGGUCGGACAAUGAUGCUGAGUGAGUGUGACACUGCCUCUCCGUGGCAACCAUAGAGCCUGCACACAAACACACAGGCCCUCUCUCCAUCCACACAGCUCAGACACUAGUGAGGUCACCACCAGGGGUCAAGACCCUGAGCCCUGCGGCUGUCACUCGCACCGAGGGGUUUCAGCGUUCGCACGCAUACGCUCACGUGAACACGCAUGCUCUCACACACGCUCACACAAACUUUUCUUGAGGGAAAACAUUGCUCUUUCUUGGCAGUGUGAAUCAUUUUAGUAUUUUCUAUGUUUUUAUAAAGUAGUGUUUGUGUGUGUCGCAAGUGUCCUAGUACUGCAAGUCUUCUGUAAAAGGUUUUGACAUUCAGCAGUUGGAAUUGCUGCGGGACACUUUCAUUCAAAAUUAACAUCAAGGAACAGUAGUGUAUACAUAGUCAUACGAUUGUGUGCGUGUUUGUGUACACACUGUACUCAACAGCUCUCUCAUGACUGGUCUCCUAGUAUAUUUCUGUCUAUUGUAAUGCAGGAAGUGGUGAGAGUGAUUGAAACAGAAGGGCCAGGAAGUCAGCUUUGCUCUUCCCUUUGUAGAGAAACAGAGAACAUACUCCCACGUAGUUCCUUUGUGUAGUGUGUGUAGUGUGUGUGCUUUACAUAAUGCUCCGCUUGUUUGAGGAGCUGUGUUGUGAUUCCGUCAGCGCCUGUUGUCCGAGGGUGUUAAAAGCAGGUUCUGUACCGAGGUCUAGUUUACACAGGUAUAGCAGGGUUUGGAUUCACUUGAACGGAAAGGGUGUUUGUGUGUGUCUGUGUCUGUGUCUGUGUCUCUGUGUGUGUGUGUGUGUGUGUCUGUGUGUGUGUGUGUUUGUCUGUGUCUGUGUCUGUGUGUGUCUGUGUAUGUGUAUGUAUCUCUGUGUGUGUCUGUGUCUGUGUCUGUGUCUGUGUCUGUGUCUGUGUCUGUGUCUGUGUCUCUGUGUGUGUGUGUGUGUGUGUGUGUGUGUGUGUGUGCACGGUGUAGGCUAUAUUUUAUUUUCUAGAAGCAGAAAUGUAUUGUUGAUCGAAGAGAUAUGGUGUGCACCAAGCCUGUGUUUCCUGCGAAGGCCUGAACUUCAGGUGUGAUGGGUCUCAUGUCAGUAAAACAAAACAAAUCAUCCUGCUUCUCUCCAUGGAUGUUCCACUAGAGCUCUGGGAAUGUGUUACAGUCCAGAUGGGCUCUGCACUGUAGGUGUUGGAAUCUGGGAUGGCCCACCUGCUCUCUCUGUGAGUGUGCAGAAGCUAAACUGAUGAGCUUGUCAGGGAAGUCUGAACUCUAGGGCAUGUAGAGGUGUGGGAGUCAUCUUGACCCAAAUGGAAGUUGUAGUGAAUCGUUCACUCGCACACACCUCUCACUGCACACCUACUGCAAGCAUAUAAUUGAGAGUUGUUUUAGAAUAACUGCACUGAAAAAUAAUCGUUAGAACGAAUUCAGAAUGUGUUUAUUCUUUAGACUUGAUACAGCCAUGCUUUCUCUGUAAGGCAGCACAUCUCCGUUGCUUAUGCAUUUUUCUCUCUAUGGGUAACAUUACACCUCCCUCCUUUCUCCUCCCCUCAGUGACACAGUGAGAGGCUGGCCGCUACAGUAGCCAAACAGCAGCAGUGUCCGCGUGGAUCUGAAGCCACAUAAAGUGGAGCACUUGUCUUGGCUAUUAUUUGCCUGGCUCUGCUCGGGGCUUCUGAAAAGGAGGCCUGUUAGCCCCUGAAGUGACUGUGGUGUAAAUCGGUUGACUCUCUCUCUCUCUCUCUCUCUCUGUCUCUCUCUCUGUCUCUCUCUCUCUCUGUCUCUCUCUCUCUCUCUCUCUCUCUCUCUCUCUCUCUCUCUCUCUCUCUCUCUUCCUCUCUCACUGUCUGUCUGUCCUUCAUUCUCUCACCCUCUUGCUCACCCUCUUUCUCUCAUCUCUUGCUGUCUAUUUUGCUGUCUCUCCUUCCCUCCCUCUCUCUCUCCAUCCAUCCAUCCCUCACCCUCUCUCUCCUCUCUCUCCUCUCUCUCUCUCAAUGCAGACUCAGUGGAUGGGCAUUUUAAACUGUCUCUCAAUGGAGAGGGCCCUGGACAAAAUAACUAAUUUAAAUGGCCACUAAAGCCUUUCAGCACAGGGAGAAUUGACAACAUUCUUUCACAUCAUUACUGAGGGGGGUAGAGGAGGAGGGAAAGGGGGUUAGGAGGAGAGAAGGCCAUUUGGGAUAACCAGUGCGCUCCUCAAUGGCUACCUCGUCAGCAGUGUUUGGCAGCUGUCAUCUCCCUCAAUAUUUAUUUAUCCCUCCAUUCUUGAUUUCUAGAUAGGGGGACUGUGGGGGAAAAACAUGUUGAUUUGUGUCCUGUGUUCAUUUUAACGAGGCGUGUACCUCCACCAACCCCCCUCUCUCUCUCUCUCUCUCCCUCUCUCUCUCUCUCGCUCUCCUUUCUCUCUCUCUCCAGUCUUUUGAGCUCAGGGCUGAAUGAGUCCCCAGAGUCUCUCCAUGUCUCCCAGUAGUUCUACUGGGUUCAUUAAUCUUUCAUUGGGACCAUGGCAGUGGGGAAUGCUCCCUCCCUCUUUCCCCUUGUGCUACGCCUCCCCCUCUCCCAUCUCCCCCUCUCACAGCCCCACUGAAGGGGGGAGAUCUGGAAGGGUACUUUAACCACUCCAGCCUGGUACAGUCCAGACCAACUCCUUUUGCCACCCACCCUGGGUAUGGAAUGUUGUAGGGUCAGUUGGUCUGGUAGUCAGUUACACAGAAUAGGCCAUUUAUCUCAUACAGUGUUCACAGUAGGCUCAGCCAGCCUAUGGAGGUGACGAUGUCUUUUCACCAGUAAGCUCUGCACAUGUGUCUUGCCUAGGGCCUCAGCUUUGCAUUUGUAUAGUUAAAUGAGAAGAGUCCAUGUAUUAUCCCUCCCUCCCUCUCCCCCUUAAAUGCAUUUCAAAGUCUAUUGGAAAAUUGCCAUACCCAGGCUUUGGGUUGGUGCCUCACCAUGGUUAGGGUAUCUAAUGAGUGUGUUUGGACUGUUAGAGUGGAACAUUACCCACACCCCCAUUGCACCUACAUUACUCCCUCCCUCUCUAUACACACACACAGACACACAGACACACAGACACACACACACACACACACACAACCCAGCUAGUUCACUGUCUCCUUUUCCCCAGCACACGUCAGCCAUGUUAUCAUAAGCCUGAUUAGUGAUGCCUCUUUGACUGCCUAGGGACAGAAUAGAAUAUCGGUUGAGCAAGACCAGCUCACCGCCAGCGGUUUGUACCAGAACAGAAUAAUCUGGUUAGUGUGUGCGUGUGUGUGUGUGUGUGUGUUUGUGUGUGUGUGUAUGCCUGUACCUGUGCCUGGAGAAGUGGGCUAAGCUCUGGUUAACACAGGGCCCAUGGCGGAGAACCCCUCAGCUCAACUAUCAUCUUUGGGUAAUUGAAAAAGAUGCCUGCGUCAUUUAAUAGCACAAAGAGCAGGUUAUAUAGCUAAAACUAAUUUGGCAAAUAUGUAGAAAUUGAUUUUCUCCCCUCGUUUAUUAUAACGCCCCCCUAUCCCCUUUACCUCCCCUCCUCCUCUACCCCCCAAAACCAGACACUGGGGGGGGGACAGAGAGGGGAGGGGUAGAGAUCAGAGGGAGGAGAGGGAAUCAGUAGGAUAAACCACUAAAGGAGAGUGGGGGAAUUGGAUGGUAGAGUGUUGCUGAGUGUCGUUAUUAUGGCUGUGGACUUUACACGUAUUUGGUUGAAGCCCCCUUGUCGUGCAGCCCCAAUCCAAGUCUAAAAUGGCAGCCCUGCAUCUGAGAUGGCAUUACUGAGUGUCACCACAGAAGUGUUCUUAAUUACCAACCACACUAUUUUCACUCUGCUCUGGCGGUUUGGCGCUCUGAGGGGGUUGAUCAUUUGAUAGCUCUCGUUUUUUAAACAGCUUUCUGAUCCAUGUUAUAAUUCCGCUGCAGGCGCCUGCAAUCUCUACCCCAAAGAGUAAAACGCGAGAGAGAACGAAAGAGAGGAGGAGAGAGAGAGAGAGAGAGAUAAAUAUCUCUUUCGAGAGAGGAUCGCUACUCUCUCUCCUUCUCUCUCUCUCUCUCUCUCUCUCUCUCUCUCUCUCUCUCUCUCUCUCUCCUCUCUCUCUCUCCUCUCCUCUCUUUAGUCUAAUAAGGUCCCAGUGGUACAGCACCCUCACCAUGUGCACCCGCUCACGCCUCUGAUCACCUACAGCAAUGAGCACUUCACACCGGGCAACCCCCCUCCGCACCUACAGGGAGAUGUGGACCCCAAAACAGGUAAGACAGACUACACUACACUACACUACACUACACUACACUGAGGCCCAGUUGGGAAAUGGUUAACAUGGUUUGGAAAUGGUUAACACUCCAGCCACUCAGUCCUCAAAUCCAAACAGUGAUCUUCUCCCAAGGUCUGGGAGCAUUUAAAAAAUAUAUAUAUUUAUUUUGAAUUCUUCAAAAUAUAUAUUUAAUUCUCAUUGUUUUCCACAUACAAAGGCUACCACUGCUGCUUAUGCAACCACCACACACACAGACACACACUUCUGCCUGAUACAAUGACAUUUUAUUUAUGGAAGAUAUAACCCUCACAAAGCACAGCUUUGCAGGGCCUGCUUUCUCUGACAGUGGAUUUCCACCGCUGACCACAGGGGGCGAUGAAACUUCGGAAGCCAUUCAUUUUCAGUGGAGGGGAAGGAAGUUGGCUGGGGGACCGUUGGGUGACUCGAGCAUGGGUCAGGGAGCGUAUAGAGGGCAGCACCAAAGUUGGGGAAAGCUGAACUUUAUGCAAGUACUCCGCAACAUCGCAGCGCUAUUGACCAAUCGAAGCUCACUAUAGCUUCUAGCCCCCUUCUGGAUUGGCUGUUAAUACCUAGCACGACCUAGCCUGCUUGCUAGCACCCACAUGAGGGCGAAGCUAGCGUGUCUACCGGAGUUAUCGUGUUAUGUGGAAAUCCCUGGUGACCAGGUCUGAGAUAUUUGAGGGCAGACAACAGUCAGGGCUACUCUGAGAGAGACAGAGAGCUUCUCUCUCUUUUAUGGCCUGUGCUAUUGUGUCUCUGGUCUUGCAGAAUUAAGCCUGUUGACCCCAGUCUCUUUAGCGUCUCUGCACACAUGCUCUGGCAGGAAGGGGAGGGUCACUGCUUCCUCUCUCUCUUCUGACACGACAGGAGGAGGUACGUGUGUAUAACCUCACACGGCUGAAUGCCCCUCUCCUACACACACACACACACACACACACACACACACCCCAUCCAUCUGACUUGUCCACCUGCAAUAAACAUUAUGACCAAAUAGGGUAACUUACUUUCAAUAUGUUGUACAGUGGUAAGUAUUAAGUAGCUUUGAAAGGUCUCUGGUUGUUUUGUUUUGAGGUCAUAAUGGUCUCUUAUUAUGAUUGUCCUCACAAAGGGGCGAUAAUAACGUCCCAGCUGCUGUUUAAUAUGCCAGUUAAUGGCCUUGCUUAAUUGAGCUUAGUGUUUAAUUAAUUAACAAGCUAUAUUAAGGCUUCAGCACUGGAUUGGCAAUGAAGAGCAACGUUCGGAACGCUUUCCUCUGAGGAGUGUGUCAGCAACAUUUUUGGAACCCUCCUCAGCAUCAAAUGUGUAAUUAACGAUCUAUAACUUGUGAUUACAUUAUUAUUAUAUUUUACAUUCAUCUUAUUGUUCACAAUUAGUUCACCGUCAGUAUUUAGAGACCAGUGAGAGUUUGUCUACUUUUUGGAUGCACAAAAUGUUCCUUAGGUACCUGUCACUGAACAAAGUCUUGCUUUGGGUGUGACACACACUGGCGACAUACCGGCUGUGGAUGGAUUCAUGGGGCCAGGGUCAGUUCUGCAGAACUCUUCAUCUGGGUCCACUCUUUCCAGCCAAAAACUGCUCCACAGCUGCACCGACAUGCAGGCCAGGCAGGCCCACUGUGAAAAAAUGCUCCGGAGCAAAUAAAAGUCCCUCUGCUGCGCUGUCUGCCAGUGGAAUUCAAACACUUCCUUGUUGUGUUUUAAUGCUCAACACUGGAAAAAUGGAAAAUCCAUAAUUUCUUUGCUUUCUCCUCUUUUGAUCUUGAGCGUGUUAUUUUUACGACAGACCUUUGGAGGCCUAAUGUUUUGGGUGGCUUGUUGCGUGUUUUCUUUGCCUGUCAUCUGCCACAGUAAGUGUAGGCGACAUUGGCAAAUGUGUGAUCGUUUUGCCCUCUAUGAGAGCUGUCCUUAUGUAGGACAUCUCUGUCACUGUUCGUCAGAUGGGAAAACUAAAGCAUUUCUGUCUCUCUGUUAAACAUGAAGAUGAACAGUGGAACAUAAAUACUUCUGCUAAAGAGAAGCAGGAGACGAAGGGCCCCUAUUUAUAAGACCUACUUUAUAAUGUCAUAGUCAUAAGAGCCUAUGUCAGUUGAAGACAGCUAGGCUAAAACAACAUGUCACACAGUAUAUUGGGUAAGCCGACUAGCUAUGAAACAAGCUGGUCAUGAAUAACAUGCAGAGCCUGUUUAUAACAUCACUUCAUUCAUGCUUAUGACAGUAAGAUAACUUGCUGGGUUUACUGUAUAUGAAGUCAAACCCUGUUUACCUGCAGACCUCUAAAGGAACAGAUGUCAUUAUUUCAUCUGAGUGAAUCCCGUCCUUACUGUAUGAGACUGUACACAUUGUUUGUUAUGUUAGCUUCUAAACCUCAAUUAUCGCACGUUGUUAAUCCUCUCAUUCAAUAGAAGACCAAUGUGAUCAUGUUGGGGUAGUUUCCCCCCCUCUUUUUUUCUCCCCGUCUCUCUCAACACGUUAUGCCACCGUAGCGCCUGACUCGGAACAGCUUUGAUCAGGACGUGUGAUUUAGCACUGUGAACAUGCGAGCGUAACUGCACCUCCUCCUCCCUAGCCACCCAGCUUCCAGUGAUGUCGACUCUGUUCAAUUGUGAAACUCACAAAGGAGGAUUUUAACACUGACUUAUAUUUCUCUGUCCAUCCCUCCCUCUCUCAUUGUCCCUCUAUCCUUUCUCUCUCUUUCUCUCCAGGAAUUCCAAGGCCUCCACAACACCCAGACAUAUCCCCCUAUUACCCUCUCUCGCCUGGCGCUGUAGGCCAGAUCCCUCAUCCGCUGGGGUGGUUAGUACCACAGUAAGCAACGUUUUAGUACUCUCUUUCUCUACUGUUAUUAAGCAUGUUUUAGUGCUCCAAGCAUGUGCUGGUGUCUUUGUUUUGUAACUAUGUCUAGAUGUAGAUUGAUUUAGUGGUUUGGAGCAUUAAGUUCUGUAGUACUUUAUGUUGUAAAAUCAGCAUCCCUAAUGUAGAUGAUAUAACGUGAAAUAGUUAUCCAUCAGAGGCAAUGUCUUCUGAUUUGUUGUGAAUGCUAAUAGAGCUUGGUUUCUGCACAUAGGGAAAGCUCUGUAUCCACUUAUCUCAAACUGGGUCCUCUCAAUUUUGAUCAGGCACUGAUUUGACUCCUAGCUGACCACAUUGCAGCGAGGAUGGCUAAGUCUCCCUCUCUACUGGAGUCUCCAGUUGAUAAAUUCAAGCAAUGGACUGACUCAUGGGCCACAGAAGCACACUGCGGUUUCCUAAACCCCCCUCCAACCCCAACUUUGUGGCGAAUGCUAUUUUGCAUGUCUCUGUAUUGUCCAAUUAGAGCAAUGAACCGUGAUUGCCCGUAUUUUACCCACAAUUCCACACGGGGGCUCUCCCUGGGUGACUCUUGUCAACACUUGUUAAUAUGACAAAAGGCUACAAAUUAAGCUCUGUUAAUUUAAUGUUUUCUCACCGCGAUCUAAAUACUGGGAGAGGUCCCGAGCGCAGCCGCGGCACCCUUUGAUUCGCUGCACUUUAUUUUGGUAUAAAUUUACAUUCAUUAUUGUUUGUCUUUAGAUGUGUAGACCUCAAUUAGCGUGAUGGCUCCAUUAAAGAGUCGCGCUUCGUCUUUAAUUAUCACAACAAAACACCUAGAUUCAGCUCGGGGAGGAAAGGGCCCCCUCUCCAUCGACACUGAGCGAAGGGUUAUGAAAUUUAAUUUAGCCAUUCCUAUCAGAUUUGUGGCAAUCAAAUUGUUCAGAGUUUGCCUCUCCUUUGAUCCGCGCUCUGCAAUCCCCUAGAUUUUAGUCCUGAUCAAAUGAGAAUAAAGAGGCCUGCGAUCAGGGAGAGAGGGAGAGGGCUUUGCCUCCUCUACUUCCAUCAACCCUGUUUCUUUACCUCCUUCUCUUCUUUGUCCUUCUCCUAGGCAAGGUCAACCUGUUUACCAGGGUUUUAGACACCCCUACCCGACUGCGCUCACUGUCAACGCAUCCAUGCAAAGGUGAGUUGAGACUUGGGAGAUAAACACGCACACACACACGCACACACACACACACACACACACACACACACACACACACAGAGAGGAGGAGGCUGUCACGCGGAGAGUGUACACUCUCGUCUCCACGUUCAAAAGGCUAAUCCUCCAGUGUCCCCCGCUAAUGUGUUGAAAUAUUAAUUAUAUGUAUCACUUUUGAGCUAAUGAGGCCCCUAAAGAACAUUUACCCUAGCUGCAUGUCAGCCACAUCUGUAAUGGACGGGGCAUGUCCUUGCUGCUAGCUUUUAAACAACCAGACACAUUGAUAUAUAAACAUCUAUACACUUAAAAGGAGAGAAUGAUGCAUGCUGGGGCUUGACACAUGGUUAGUUCUUUGUUGGGCCCAUUAGGGUCCAGCUGAAGGGGAGAGCUCUGGACACAAGUGAACCCGGGGGGGGGGGGGGGGGGGGGGGGUUUGUUGUUGUUGUGUUAUACGUUUUAAACUGGGCCUGGCUCUCUCGGGGGCAGUGCUAUACUACUCUGCAUUGUUGUUGCUGCGUUAUGUGUUUUUAACUGGGCCAGGCUCUCCCAAUACUCUGUAUUGUAUGGAAUGUGGGAAGAGUUAACUGUGGAUGACAAGUACCCCAUGAUUUGUAGGUUUGGAGUCUUUUCGAAAAAAAUAAAUACAGCUCCAUAUAGCCUUUGCUUUCCCCCUGUCCCUCUCCCCCAGCCCAGAGCUGUAUUCACAGGCGUUUCAGUGCAGGCAGCUAGAGAGUUUGGAACUGGGGACCAGACCAAACUUUAGUUUCAUUACAGGCUGAUUGGAAAGGCAGCUCCUUAUGGUCGACUGUUCAGACCUCGUUGAUGGAUAAGUGUGAGCGAGGGAGGAAAAGAGAGAGAGUGAGGCCUCGAAUGGGGUAUGGAAAGGUUCAUGUUGUGAAAUAGUACCUCACACCCUUAGUAUUUUGACAUUGAACACAUUUCGUGUGCACUCGUGUUCCUCAUCUCUCUCUCUCACUCACACACACACACACACACACAAACACACACACAGACCUUAAACGCUCCUUUUAAUUAAAAGCAGAAAAGCACAUUCACACUGUUAAAAAGAAAGAGGAUAUGUUUGCCAAUAGAUCUUAGUUUGUCCUCUUUCUUGGUUAGCCUUACAUUGAACAUGUAUAACUUCACAUGUAUUCUUCAUUAAUACACAAUACUUCCGUAUUUAGAUUGAUCGUUUCCAUCAUCACCUUGAUCCAGACUCCCUCAUGGCUUUAGCGACCGACUCUUCACUCUAGCACAGCCUGGUUUUUCAUGUCAUCUGCAUAGCAGGGUUAUUAUAAAGGCUCUAAUUUAUCAUCUCUACCCCCUAUUGUGUCCCUCUUCCACUCCCAGCGACUCCCCUAAAGCAGACGUUGCCCCCCUUUCCCCAGCCCAGCCCUGGUUGCCCUGCUCUUCAGUGCAGGCAGGGUGUGUGUCUGGUGUCUGGUAGAGCCGGGCAGCCAGACUAACUGGGGUCUGGCCAAAUCUAGUGGACCUGUGCUUUAAGUGACAGCUAAUUCAGCUCUAAUGACGGCCUCUACAUUGUGAUCAUCGUAUUUCCAGCAAGGCUAAUUGAAUCUGCUGGAUGGGGGCUAGGGGGAUUGGCUGUGCUGUGGGGCUGGGGAGAGCUAAUGCGUUCUGAUGAGCCCUAAUUGAAUUAGCAUAGCUGAAUAGGUGGAGGUCUCCGUCUCUGGAGAAAGGGGCUUUAGCACAUCCUUGUUAAAACUGUUACGGGGGAUUUGACAAAAAAAAGAUGGCCAUUUGGGUUGUUGACGGCAUAGAGAAAUGGUGCAGAGUGGAAAGGUUUGGAUAAUUGUGUAUAUGACAGGGUUUCGGAAGCAAAAAAUUUAAACAGAAUUAAAGAAUUGUCUCUUGGCUUUAAAAGGGCUUAAAUAUAUCACAAGACAUCCAGUAGUUAUAAAGUCCGGUCCAUGUCUAAUAAUUACAUGAGGCCUGAGUGAUUGAGAUGUCCUGGUCCUGUAUUUCACUGGGUAGCCAGAUCUUAACAAGAGAACAACCCCGUAGUGCCACAUACCGGCCCGAUUACGAUGCAGAGGGUGAGCCUCACUUUCGUACAUUGCGCCCCCUCAAUGAGCACCUUACACCAGGCCCUGUUCAAAAAAUACAUUAUCUGGAAGGAAAAAAGGCAAGCAGGAGAGAGCAGAGUCGGAGCAAAUGAAAAUAUAUUCUUUUAAAAAUGAGUUUGGAGCAGUACAGGUCCAUUAUCUCUGGCGGGCCUGUGUGUCACACGUGGGAGGAAGUGUAGGCCUCUCGCCCCCUGUCCAACGCCUGCCCUUUGAUAUGUUCCUCCCUCAUGUCUCUCUCUCUCUCUCCCUUCCUCCCUCGCUUACCCUCAGCCCUUUUUUUUUUCUGCGGAAGGGAAAGUGCGCCGGACGAGUCAUUAUACAUUAACCAGGCACGGGGGUACCGCCUCGCGUUGGCAAUUAAAUGGCCCUGGCUGACACUGGGCCUCCGUUGCAGCCAAUGACCCACCCCCAUCCCUGCCUUUCAGAUUGAGACGUAGGAGCCUGGGGAAUGGAGGCCUCCUCUCCCUCUCUCUCUCUCCCCCUCUGUUGGCUAAAUUGGACCAAGGCGCUGUUCUGUGCUGAUGAGGCUGGAUAAUGCCCCGCACAUCAAAGGGAUGGCCGUCAUGUUUAAACCAUAACCUGGGCCGCGCGGUGGCAGCUGGAGGGAGGGAGAGGGGGAGGUGGGAGGGGGGAGGGGACAGGAAGGAGGAGGAGAGUAGAGAAGGAAGAAGAGGAAAAAAUGUGACGCUGAACAGAGGACAUUUUAACAAGUGCACCAAGAGAGGGAGAAGGAAGGAAAGAGAGAGAGAGAGUAGGGGAAAUGCGGCGGCCUAAUGAUGGGUGAUCUGCAGCCACUGCCGCGGCUCAGCAGAUGACAUGGCACGAACACAAACGUGUCAAUGAUGAAGAGAGGAGAAGGGAGGAGAGAAGAGCAGCGGGAGGGAGGGAGAGAGAGGGGGGGGGAGAGAGAAGGAGGAGGGGAGAGAGAGAGAGACAGACAGACAGACAGAGAGAGAGAGAGAGAGAGAGAGAGAGAGAGAGACAGAGAGAACACACUCCCCAGAGAUCGCCUGCAACAGAAACUAGUUGUUCCUGGCGAGUUGAUGCUCAUCAUUAUAUUCUGGCUCCAAGCCAUGCAGCCAGACACAUCAAGAAAAUGAGCAAAAUAAAUAAAUAAAAAAUGAUUCCUCCUUUUUCCCCCUCCUUCAUCCUCCACUCUUUUUCUAUGAUUUGUGUACGGUCAUGCGUAGCUGAGAUAUAUACUCUACACUCACACAGACACUCACAUUCAAAUAAUCUUACAUAGACAUAAUUACUCUCACUCAUCACACACACAAUUGUGUUGCUCAUUGCUCUGUGAAGUGAAUCCAUCGAUGCGGGUUAUUGCCCUCUAUCAGUGUAGCUAAUGAUACCAGUGUUAUAAAGAUGUAGAGUAGAGGGGUAAAGAAUAACCAUGAAUAAUCCUGAUCUAGCACGAGGCCCAAUAGAAUAGGUCUAGGUUUAACAUAGAAAAAGGUGCCUUACCAAUGGUUAAAGCUAAGGCGGUGCCCUAGGAGCUGAAUAUGUUUUAACAUGACCUCAGUUUUGACAUCAGCUUACACAACAGAUUGGCACAAGACUCAACAUACCUGUAGUUUGUCACAUUGUAAAGGGACCAAGACAUCCUGGAACUUGUAUUUGUCAUCCACAGUCCACAGAGGGGUGGCAGCACUAAACACUGACUUACCAUUGGAGAAAGUCACUAUUUUGGCUCAGUUAUAGAAGCAUGUGAGGACUUGUUAAAACCCAUUACAGUUAAAGUGUCUGUAUGGGUCAUUUUGGCAGAAAAUGACUGUCCCGUCCUUCCAUUUGAAACUCUUCCCACUUCAAAACAAAACAGCUCUUAUUUUAAAAUGAAUAUUAUGAAAUAUGACUUGUGAUGUGUAAUGUGUGUGUGUACUGGGUAACUGUUUCUAUGUGGUUGUGAGAUUCUGUGAUACUUAUGGACCGAAUCCUUUCUUGAUAUACGCGUGCGAAACUCAAGCUUUUGUAUAAGUCAUGCAUUGAAUCUCAAUGAGAGAUUUACAUGAAAAUCCGACUUUCCCGCUCGGACCUCAAGUUAGGAUUCGGCCCUAUACAGUACGUCAACAUGUGCACGUCUGUAUGAAUGUCGAGUGAGCAUAUUCUGUCUCUGUUUGAUGUGUCCAUCUUCCAUUUCACACGUGUCCACUCUGACGAUUUACACAGUUUUCUGUCCUCCAGGUUCCCUCACCACAUGGUCCCCCCUCACCACAGUUUGCACCAGACCGGCAUCCCCCACCCCGCCAUCGUCACGCCCAACGUCAAGCAAGAGUCCUCCCACAGCGACAUAGGCCUCAACAGCUCGUGAGUACACACACAUCUGCACACACACACACACACACACACACACCUCUGCUUAUUUUUACCAUUGUAAACUAAACAGCAGUAGCGGCACAUUUGGCACUGGUAUUAUUGUUCUAAAUUCUACCAUUACAAUAAGCUGUUUAAUACCAAUUCUGGGUAUUUGCCAACCAUACAGUACUAUACUGUACACACUCCACAGGAAACACCAGGACUCCAAAAAGGAAGAGGAGAAGAAGAAGCAGCCCCACAUCAAGAAGCCGCUGAACGCCUUUAUGCUCUACAUGAAGGAGAUGAGGGCCAAGGUGGUGGCCGAGUGCACGUUGAAAGAGAGCGCCGCCAUUAACCAGAUACUGGGACGAAGGGUGAGAGAGAGAGACGGCACCGCUAUAGACACAGACUCACUCACUUUACACAUACAGCUUGGUAACUCCCUGUACAAGGGACUAUGCAUAGGGCAGGUAGCCUAGCGGUUAAGAGUGUUGGGCCGGUAACCAAAGGGUCGCUGGUUCGAAUCCCAGAGCUGACUAGGUGAAAAAUAUGCCGAUGUGCUCUUGAGCAAGGCACUUAACCCUAACUGCUCCUGUAAGUCGCUCUGGAUAAGAGCGUCUGCUAAAUGACUGAAAUGUAAAAAAAUGUCAAAUGAAAAUAUCCACAACACACUUAAUGUAUGGUUUAGUUGACUAUAGGCCUGCUACUGGGUCUGGAAGACAAGGGCAACAUGUCUUAGUUUGUCUCUACCUCUUUUUUGCCCUCUUCUCUUUCUAUGAUUUCCUUCCCCCUCUCUUCCCCUCCCUCCCUCUCUCUCUCUUUCCGCGUGUCUGUCUGUAGUGGCACGCCCUAACACGAGAGGAGCAGGCGAAAUACUACGAGCUGGCCAGGAAAGAGCGACAGCUUCACAUGCAGCUCUACCCCGGCUGGUCAGCACGAGAUAACUAUGUAAGUUUUUAAGUUUUCAACACGUACCUCCUGUAUUUCUCCCCUCACAAGGACAUGUCUGGGAUGAGUGCUCUUACUGUUCUGUCUGAGCUGAGAGCUCACCUCACUAGCAAUGCCUACUGACUGUUUCCCUAGACACAUUAGCCAAUGGAAUCUCCAAUAUACUUUACAGUAGAUUUGCUGGGCUAUAUAAAACAGGGUCUAAAGUCCCUGGAAUUCUGAUGCUGAAGGAAGUUUCUCUCCCAGCGUUGGUGUGUGUCCAGCAGUUCAGGGGUCAUCAUACGCCCCUGCAAGGCUCAGGUUGACCAGUGAAACUUUGACUCCUCUCAGCCUGCACAAAGCAUUCUGCAAAUCUGACUCCCUCGCUAGAAACCAACAAAGCCUCUACAUAAACAAGGGGAAAAUAAGUGAAAAGAUUACAACAAAAGAAAAAAGAGAGAGUAAAAAAAUACAGAAAAGGAGAAUGGGAAAUUCUGUCUUGCAGUGGCAGUUAAAACCGGCGGGCAGAGAAAGAGACAGAGAGUGAAUGAAUAAAUAAAUAUACAGAAAGAUGACCCGUUUUGAUUUCAUGUCUCAGGUCUUCUGCAAUAUAAUAACUAAGGUUCCUGUCUAUUUCUCUUCUUUUGGCGGCUAACCAACAGGGCAAGAAGAAGAAGAGGAAAAGGGAUAAGCAGCCAGGAGAGGGCAAUGGUAAGUCUCUCUCCUAUUAGGAGAUCCAUCAUGUGUCAGGACUGUGUGACGUCUCACGAGAUAAAAGUCUUUUUCUCUACUGCUUUUUUAUUUAUUUUUAAGUUGUUGUGCCUGGCUCGUUUUUUUUGACUACAUAGUUAUGCUACCCAUAAUGCAAUAUUUAAAUGGUAGACUUGCUUGUUACCCCCUCCUUCCAUUCCCCAACCCCUCCCCUAGCCUUCCCCAGCUAAUAACGUUGAAUAUGCAUGACCCCCCCCCCAGCCUCACCCCUCCUCCUCACCCCACCCUCCCACACACACACUUUGCCCCCCAGCAUUUAUGAUACUGUGAUAUGUGUGUUUUGAGAAUGUGAAAUUUAAGCAUUUGCGAGAGCCAUUAACUUAGCCAGUGUUGUGUUUCUGUGCGUUAUAAUGCCUGUGCCCUGCAGAUAGACUGUGCUUGUGUGUGUGUCUGUAACUUGGGCUGCCCCUGCUUGUUUUCAUGCAUGCUUUUUAAUCACACACAAAAAAAGAGGGAAAAAAUCACCCACAUCUUAAAAUUAAGGAGGUUUGCUAAUUCUAUUACUUUUUCAUUUUAUAUUCUUAUUCAUAUUCUUCUGAUAUUCCAUAUUGUGAGUUGAAAAGGAGAAAUGCAGAAUAUUAAACUGUAUUCUAAACUCGUUUACUUGACGGAUCCCCUCUUGAAGGCCUCUCCAUCUGUUCUUUUUUUCAGAACACAGAGAAUAUUUUCCAAACCCUUGCCUUUCACUCCCUCCGAUUACAGGUGCUAAUGUCAUUUUGAGUCUUAAAUUACUAACUUGUUUUUUUUUCUCUUUUUAGUUUAUUAUGUAUUUAUCUAUGUAUGUGAAAAUAUAUUAUAUUUAAAAUUAAUUUUACUAAGCUAAAUGCAAUAUUUUGAAGAAUGUUAUAUGCUUUGUUUGCUGCUUUCUUUCUUAAAAUGUCUCUUAUGUUUAUUUAUUUGAACAUUUUAUUUAUACUAGCAAAAGUAUGUUUUAUUUUAUAUACUUACAUAUUUAUUUAAUGAUGCUUCUGUGUUAAAGCCAUUUAUUCUAGAACAAUCUUCCCCAUUUGGCCAAAUCCAUAUGUUGUAUAUAUUUCUAGCGGUGACUAUUAAAGUUAAAGUAAUCUUAAUGUUGAUUAUGACCCAGAGAUUUGACGUCAGUCAGGGUAAACCUCCUUAAUCUAUUUGCUUCAGUAGCUGUGCUUGUGCCUUUUUCUGGGCCAGCAUGAGUUGGGCCUAUUCCCCUACUACGCAGUCUCUGCUCAAACUAAGGCCUGGAUUCACUCACCAAAGGAUUCCUCCUUUGACCCAGCUAUCACUUUGCUCUACAUUUGAUUAUUAAGCCACUAUGGUAGAAAACUGUGUGUCAGGUGUUUGAAUUCAGGUCUAAGUAGUAGUGCCCUUGCUGCAUUCAGUAGGGUUUAACCCUUUAAUGCUUUCCCUGGCUGGGACUAACCCAAACCUUCCCUUAGCUUAACAGUCUGAUACUGCUUCCUCUUCCUACUUACCACCUCUUCCCGCUCCUUUUCAAAUAUGGCGAUAAAAAGUACAACUAUGAAUGUCACUUAGCAGAAAUGUAAUCAAGUCUGCUUUAUUUCCCCCAUCAUAUUCUCCUCUAACAAAAUCGCUUUAGCCUUCUAUUAAAGUGGAAAUGACUAUCCUUUUCUUCGACUUAAUCUUUGCACAUUUAUGCAUUUGUUAACUUUUUGCUUGCGGUUUGAUUUGACUAAUGUCUGAAAGACUAACCGUGUCUUCUGACAGUCCUUUCUGUAAAGGCAUACUGCACAAUUACUUGCAUCUUUUUAGUUAGGGGGGAAAUUAGCUAGAUAUGCCACGAUUACGAAACUCACAGACUCACUGGUUUCCGUUUUUCUCCUUUAUUUCUCUGCUCUUUUUCUUCCCCCUUUUUGGUUAUUCUUCCUCCUGUCUGCUGGCUUUCCUCCCUGUUGUGGCAUCAGACCUGAGCGCUCCUAAGAAGUGUCGAGCGCGCUUUGGGCUCGAUCAGCAGAAUAACUGGUGUGGCCCGUGCAGGUGUGUAUGGUGUGUGCUGGCGUGAACGCCGGGGGCCAGGUGACGGCUGCUCUCUGAGCUGGGACUUCCUCCUUCCCUCUCCGCCUCCCUCUCUUCUUCCUUCGCCAGGCUGUCGCCACCUCCCAACUCUUCCUCCAACCCAGCCCUGCUAGUCUGGCCUGCCUCUAGUUGUGUUGGUGUUUGGGAACAGGGCUAACAGGGUAUGCGUUAGUGUGUGUGUGUUGGUGUGAGGGGUGUUUGUCUGUACCCAAGUAUAGAUUGCAGCGUAUAGAUGUGAGGUUGUGUGGGUCCUAUAGGGCAGAUUUUCAUAAUGAGGGGCAGGACUCAUCAGACUGGGUCUGAGAGGAGUUGGAGACGCGAUGGCCUGGUCUGUGUGGAGGAGGUCCCAGUGUUGACAGCCCAAACCUAAGCCUUGGCUACAUGUUGUCUGUCCAAUGACGUGUCCAUUUUCUGUGUUUUUGUAUUGUUUGUGUGUCUACCUCUUUGGCUAACAGAUGCAAAUGCCCCAAAGAAGUGUCGUGCCUUGUUCGGGCUUGACCAGCUGGGUUUAUGGUGCAAACCAUGCAGGUAUACCCCUGUAGUAUCUAUGGGAGGACAACCGUAAUGACAACCACUUCCUUCUCUUACGUCUUCUCAAGAUGUCCCUCGAAAAUAUAUGUAUUCAUUGAUGGCACCUACAUUUUAUCUGUUUCUUUUCCUGAUUGGGGAAUAUUCUGCUAGAUCUUCUCCUAGCAGGUCAUUUCACCUAUUUUCUUUGAAAACUAGAAGCCCAGUGGCAGAAAAUGGAUUUACUAGCAUCAUUAUUUGUACACUACCUCAGUCCUGGUUGCAACAUUGCACACAAUCAAAUUUAGGAGACCUUUGGGUCUUUUUGUUGUAAUGUAAUAAAAAAAAUUAUACAUUUAUGGUUUAUGAUACUAUUCUUCUGGCAAGUUGAAAGGUUGAAAUCCAUUUUCUAUCCAGGCUGUAUGUAAGUGCCUGACAUCCUAACUGUCUUAAGUGUCUGUCUGAAUUGGCCAUCUUGAUAACCUUGUCAUGUUAAGGCUUGGCCCUGCUUCUCAGAGGGCACCAGAGUGACUUUCUUCUAUGCCCUCUUCCUCCUCCUCCUCCUCCUCUUCCUCCUCCUCCUCUUCCUCCUCCUCCUCCAAACUCCUCUCUAAUAACCCUUAAUUAGUCCCUACCUGUUGUCUUUCUGUUCUGACACAAGCAGUCUUUGAAUUGGGAAUAUUUUCAUGGUAGGUAUCUGUUUCUGUUAAGUAAUACCCUUCUCCGUGUCUGGCUUGCACUGUCUCCACCUCUACCCUGACCAUUGUGACACUCCGUUUGAUACUGUACAUCACCAUGGUCAACCCAAGGCAUGCGACCAAUCAAUACAUUUCAUUUUUCUUAUUUUGUUUUCAAUAUUGAUCUGUAGUUAUUACUUCGGAAAGUCUAUCUGGCAUUUUGCCUCAAAGAAAACAGCUCAUAGGAUAUUGAGUGAUCUUACCAAGUCACUUUUCGUGUGCAAUUAUAAAGGUUGAAUUCAUAUGGCGUCCAAUUGAAGUCAACAUCCAAUUAAAGUCAUACACAAGGCCUGCUGAACUCUUAGCAAUGCUCCACACAGUAGUACUGUUAUAGUAGAUUUAAAAUAAGACGUAAACAGUUGAUCACAUUGAUAUAGGGAUGACAUACUCGCAGUAUUACCUGAUCCAGUCCAUGAACGUAACGGGUAGAUGAUGAGUAGGCCAGCAGCGGGGUGUCAGAGGUCCUGGCUUGGAAAUAGCCAGGGAUAAUUCCUGCAUCGUUUAAGGAAUCGAGAGGUUAACAGACCACACCGGGCUCCAUUUCCUGAAAGAUGCAUCUGCCGUAAUUCCCCUGGAGACGAGGAAAUCAAUAUGUUACACAGGCCCAUACUAUCAAUCGAUAUGUCUGUUAAAAAAUGGAUAUUAGCUCAUUUGUAGCGGUUUGACAGGCAGUUAUCACUUCAGCACUGGCAGAGGUUUUACACUGAUAGCUAGCGCUCAAUACCACACAAUACUCAUACAGGGUCUUUGACAGCCUUUCUUUGCUUUUUCAGUUGACAUUUCCCUGUGGUUUACUCUUUCUUGUGUGUCCAUGUUGUGUGCUCGUUCUCUUUGUGUAAUUGUUAAAUCUCAGAAGUGCAUGCCUCUUUAUCCAGCAUUCUGUCAGUGUAAGGUAUGUGUGGUUGUCCAAAUAUAUACUUUUCUUUCCCCACUCUCCCUUUCUCUUCAUUCCUCUUUUAUCAGUUCUCACUGAUUGAUCUCACCCCUAUUUCUUUCCAUCUCUUUCUCUCUCUCACACUAUUUGUGUGAAACCUUUAUCUGAAGGAGUACAGGCAGGGUAUGACUUGAGAAACAGGCCUUACCGUUUAUUGAACGAUAGAACAGAGAUGCUUACAUUUGUCGAAGGCUAGCUGAACCAAAGCAUUGUUUCUAUCACUCACUUCUGCCCGACUCCCUCCCCACCUCCGAAUUCUGUUCUUUCUCCUUCUUGCUCAUUGUCCCUGUGAGCUAGCAACACAGUCUGAACCACAGUGUAUUUGCCCUCGAGGCAGGCACAGACCUUGUGAUAAGGAGUUGUUGUUGAGGUCAGGGUGAAACGAGGUGGGCAUAGGCUCCCCCCUCUGUCCAUCCUUCCCUCCCUGCACCCCCGCCCCCCCGACCCUCUUGAGUGAUAGCUCAGUGCAGUUGCAUUUUGGGCCGUUCCACAGAGCGAGAUGGGUUGGCUGCAGGCACGCCAGACGGGAGAGUCCCGACCCGAGCAGAAAUGCAAACAUUAUAGCGUGACCCUCAUACACAUGUCUUAGGGGCAGGUGCAGCGUAGCGGGGAUCCCUCUAACCUCUUACCUCAGCAUCCAAACUCUCCCCCCCUAAGGAAAGGAGAGCGAGAGAGAGAGAGAAGUCAGGAUAGUGGAGGGAGGAGAGAGAGAGAGAGAAGUUAGGAUAGUGGAGAGAAGUGAGGAGGAAGGAGAGAGAGAAGUCAGGAUAGUGGAGGAGAGAGGGGAGGGAGGAGAGAAGGGGGAGAAGUUAGGAUAGUGGAGGGAAGUGAGGAGGGAGGGGAAAGAGAGGGAGGACUAGUAUCUCAGAAGAGCAGGUUGAUCCUGGCAGUAGCUCUUCACCACGGCCAGCUCAUUGGUUCAGUAAAGAUCAGAAGUCUGUGAGGAAACGUUUAAAAGAUGAGGAAAAAUAGCAACAAUAAAGGGAGUUGUUUUGAGAUUCGCCAUGAAAACCAUUCUUCAUUCUUCUUUAUUCGUCAUCCAUUUCUCAUCCAUCAUUUUCAUCCUCCUGCUGUCUCUCCUUGUUCAUCAUCCUGUCUGUCUGUUUGGUGGACUGUGUUGUACUGUGUGUAUGUCCUGGGAGUCUGAGCAGGCCACCUGUAGCCUUGAUCCUCAGCCAGGCUGUAGCGUUGGCAACCACUUAAAUGCACCAGAAAAAUAACAACAAUGUAAGGCCCAGAAAUAGGUUUUAGAUUUUAUGUAUGCAUAAUGCCAGUGAAACAAGAUGGUGCAUUUAAGUUGACUGCUAAGGCUCAGCUAUUGCCCAGCAGAUUGGUCAGUUCUGGGAUGUCAUGCUUAAAAUAAACGUCUUUCUCUGUCCCCCAUCUCCAGGAGAAAAAAAAAGUGCAUUCGCUACAUCCAAGGUGAAGGUAGCUGUGCCAGUCCUCCCUCUUCGGACGGAAGCUUACUAGACUCCCCCCCACCCUCCCCCUCCUCGGUGGCCCCCUCCCCCUCCUCGAAAGAGUCCAGACCUCAGACUGAACAAAUGCAACCUCUCUCACUGACUAUGAAACCGGCCCACCAGCCUCUCCACCACCCUCACCGGCACCUUCUGGCUGGGCAUCCUCCUCCGCCAUCUUUGGUUCUGCUGGAAAACUCUGCUGCUGCAGCGGGCAAAACGCCUGGCGCAGCCCACAACGGAGCCCACGGCGACGUCUCGUCCUCGCGGCAGCCGGGCUCCUCAGGCGCCGUCCUGGCCAGGCCCUUGGCAGCAUCGCUGUGUCAUUCCCACUCGCUACACCCCAACUCCACGGCCCCUCAGCCUCUGUCGCUCGUUACCAAGUCUAUAGAGUAG